CGCACCGCCACAGGUCUCAAGUUGCACGGACGUCGAAACUUUCCGACUCGCGACGUUGACGCGAUCCUACGACAAAACUGUAACGCCAAAUAGGUCCGCUCCGCUCCGCAUGUCAAGUCCUUAGAAGAGAUUGUCUUCUUCCCAUCACCCGCUCGAUUCUCCACGCAAUUGUCAGCCGACUGCUCGCGCCCAACUUCCGCCUUCCAAAAUGGCCACCAUCAUUAACCCUCAAGCCAAACCACGCCCUCCAGCAACCCCGAUUGACCUCCUUAACAAUGACACUGCACGGCUAUACACACAUAUCCACCCUAUGCUCGUGCUCUCACUCUACGCCUACAAAUUCCGCUCGAUCGUCGAGGAUCCCGUCCCAGCGCUCACCAGCACCCUGAUACCGCUCUCAAUACUACAGAUCGUAUACGUGGCGAUAUGUCUACCUCCCACCGGCGGAAGUGGAAGUGCGGCUGCACAAUUAGAGAAGCGGAAGCCGGGCGAGAAGAAAAAGCCAGCGCCAGGGAAGUUGGAGAGCGGGGUUAAUGGGAAGAUAAUUCCCGCCUUCCUCUCCCUCGUCCUCUCCGUCCUCGCUGCGACACCACUCCUCACCGCAACCCUCGUCCUCUUUGGCGCGCCCGUCACAACGCACCACCCGCACACGUUCCUCUGCGCCGCGCAUAUCUCGCUGCUCGCUACAUUACCGCUCGUAUACGUACAUGGUGUGGAUGGAGAAACAUGGAGGGAGAUUGUGGCACUACUGCUGCCCAUUGAUGAGGUCUAUGGAGGCAUGAUUGGCACCGUGUUUGGUGCGUGGUUGGGCGCAGUGCCGAUACCGCUAGAUUGGGAUCGCGAAUGGCAGAAAUGGCCUGUUACUAUUGUCACUGGGGCUUACAUUGGGUACGCGGUUGGGAAAUUAGUCGGUGGGACGCUGUUGAAGGGGAGGAAGAUUAUGUUUGAGUAAGUCGCUGUGCAUAUAAGACGGCUACUACAUGUCAUGUAGGAAUAGCGUUGGAGCACCAUGGUCAUGUAGGAGCUCGUGAAGUCCCGUCCGCAGUUUCGUACCUUGCGGUAAAAUACGUUUACCUGGCAGGUCUUCCCGAGGUCGGGAGAAUGCGUGCCUGUCAUUGUUGAAGCUCU